UUUAUGAAUGUAGCAUAUAUGAAGGUGGAAGAAGCAUGCUCUCUUUCAGACAGCAAUGAAUGAAGACUGUUUGCAGAUUUCGAUAGACGAUACAGCUAAACGACACCAUGCAUGACCCGACUGUGACUCAGACCAGCGUGGUGGCCACCACCUGGAGCACUGAUGCACCCCCCUGCACCCCGAACUACGAUGAGGACCGCGUGCCCCUGGUGGUGCUUUACAGUGUGGUGCUGGUCAUCGGGCUACCCGCCAAUAUCGCUACCAUCUACCUGACCUUCCUCCAGGUGUGCCGCAAAAAUGUCCUGGGCAUCUACCUGUUGAGUCUGUCUGUGUGUGACCUCAUGUACCUCUGCACCCUGCCCAUGUGGGCCAACUACGUGAACGCGGGCCACCAAUGGCGCUGGAGCUCCAUGGCCUGCAAGGUGACGGGCUAUUUCUUCUUCAACAACAUGUACAUCAGCAUCUUCCUGCUGUGCUGCGUCUCCAGCGACCGAUACGUGGCUGUGGUCUAUGCCGUGGAGUCGCGCGGCCUUCGCCGACAGAGACUGGCGGUCGCAGUUACCGUGGCCAUCGUCUCGGUGGUGUUCGUGGGCCACGUGCCAGUGUUUACCAUGCCGGAGGGCGAUGCGGCAGAGGGGCAGCGGCGCUGCUUCGAGCCGGGCAAGGGCACGUCCACCGUGACGGGUUUCAACUACGCCCGCUUCGUCAUUGGCUUCCUGGCCCCCCUGGUCGUGCUGGUGGUCACUAACCGUGCCAUCCUGGCCAACGUGCAGGCUAGCACAGGGCUAAGGCUGUGCCAGAAGGAGCGGGUGCGCUAUUUGGCAUUCGCCGUGGUGGUCCUCUUCCUGGUGUGCUUCGCGCCAUACCAUGUCAUUCUGCUCCUGCGCGCAGUCACCUUCCACUUCCCCGAGCUGCAGAAGUGCCAUUUCCAGGAAAGCAUCUAUACCCCUUACACCAUCUCCCUGGGCCUGUCCACCUUCAACAGCGCCAUCAACCCCAUCCUAUAUGUGCUCUCCAGCGACAACAUCCGCAAGGAGCUGCGUCGCGGCCUGGCAGGCCUCCGGGGGCGGGCCACCCUGCGGCCACGUUCCACCGACAGCAGCCAGCACAAGAUGCACAACUCCAAGAACUCGUCCGAAGUGGCGGCCGCCACACGAGAGGGGGAAAAGCAUGGUCGUUGAUGGCAGAGGAAGGUUAGGGGUUUGAUGUACAGUAUGUAUGCUCAAACUAUGGGAGCCAGAGGGAUAUGCAGGUGUGACUACUGAAGGAACCCUGGGCUGGUGACUUGCAGGUACUCUGGAAUAUUAAACAGGCUCAGCAUAGAGCCAGGUGGAACCCCAAACAUAGCAAGAGCAAUGGGAGACGUUGUAAUCCAUCUAUCCCAGAAUAUGACUGAGGAACUGAUAUGAUUGAAAUGGUUCAAGCACUAGCAUUGUCUCACUAUAGAUGGCAUCAUUCUAAUAAGACUCACAGUUGCCAGGAGCCAUCUGUCUAAGGGCAAAGUUUGAUAAGAGAAUGACGGCACAAACAGCACAAACCGUCAUUCUGUUACUAAACUUUGCACCUGCACUCUUCAUCAAGUAAAUGUGUUUUUGUAAAAAAAUAUGCAGAAACUAUUAAAAGUACUCCUUGGUUUUUGUUUGACAUACAUUUUAAAGUGAAAAAUCUGAGUCUCAGUGUCACUCUGUUACCGUGAAAUUGCCCCUAACCAAACGUGGAGCUCAUCUCUAAGAAUUUUGAUUUUGCUAAUCUGCCGAACACUAGUUUCUAAUUCUGAAAUUCACUCUGCUUUCUGUAGCUAUGACGUACUGGCUAUACGUAUACAGUAUUUGAUACUACAGCAAACCAUGCUCGAUCAGCUGAGCAAACUUACUUCAGCUAGCAUCCUUACCAUAGCUUGUUUGAAUGGCCAUUACAGUAGCUAGUUUGCCAGCUUGUUGAUGAAGUUGUAUGACACCAAAGUUAUGUGAAUGUUCUAAGAAAUCAGCAUGUAUCUGACUCUGACAGCUGUCACAUUUGGCCAACUGGUUCAGUCUCAAAUUUUCGUGCACAUUAUGAUUUUCAUAAACACACCUUAGCUAGAUGUAGAAUUAGGUAGUGAAGACUUGCUCAUGAAAAAAAUGUCAAUAUUAGCUACAGAUUUAUCAUUUUUGGUAAGAUUAACUCAGACUCUUUUGAGGAUUAAAGGGGGUUCCGUGGACGAUGUCACCUUGGUAACAUUUUCUAAUGUUAGGACAGCAUAUUGUAGCCUAACGUCUUUUUAGCUAUCCCAUGAUUGUUUGCGAGUUAUCAGACAGGGCCUUGUUUCCCAGAGCCUUUGUAGCGUUGAAUCAAUUGAAUAAAUAAAGAUGCAUCUGGUACGAUCGUCGAAAUGCUUAAAGGCCCAGUGCAGUCAAAAACGUGAUUUUGUAUAUAUUUCCACACUAUGAGGUUGGAAUAAUACCGUGAAAUGAUUAUGGUGCCAUUUUAGUGUUAGAGCUGAUUGAAAAGACCACCUGAAAUGUCUGUCUAUUUUGGUGGGAUAGAGUUUUGGCCUGCCUGGUGACAUCAUGAAUUAGUUAAUAGACCAAUAAGAAAGAGAGUUCCAAACC